AUGCUUCUUGCCUAUGGGGCAUGUGCAACAUCACAAAUCCAUAUUCUUCGCGUCGCGCAUCAAGAACGAGGUAUACUCACAUUGAGCUUUGAUCCCUCUAAAUCUAGAAACAGAAGCAUUCGACUAGUCGGUACUACCGAGGCAGGAUAUCAACCUGGGUGGUUACACAGCAGGGGAGAGUAUCUGUACUCUGUCUCGAGAACACAUUUUCCUGACAACUCGUCGACGAGUGGCGGUAUCUACGCAUUCAGAAAGCUACAUUAUGGCGGUCUUGAGUUACAUGACGCAGUAGCAUCUCACGGUGAUGGUGGUGUUUACCUUGACAUUUCAAGAGACGGAAAAACGCUAUCUUCAGCCAAUAUCGACGGCUCUACAGUCUCCAUAUUCCCACUGGCUUCUCCUGGCAACUUUGGCCACGUUGCCAACGUCUUUCAUUACAACCUCACACAUCCUGGCCCUGGAGCUGGAGAUUCUCAGGAAAUUUCCAAUCCACAUGCCGCCAUCUUCAGUCCUUGCGGAAAUAUUAUGGCUGUCCCUGACCGAGGCGCUGAUCGUGUUUAUAUAUACCAGGUACACGAUGCGAAACAUAUCGAACAGAUUCAGAACAUUACCCUGUUACCGGGAACGGGCCCACGCCACAUCCUCUUCUCCCAAGUCAGCAAAGAGAAGACAAUGAUGUUUUUGGUUUCCGAGCUUGAUAAUACUGUCAAUGUCUUCUCGCUUGAAAAUGAUUCCGCUGGUCAUCAUGGCAGGCACUUUGACCUAAAUGAAACCUUGCGUAUAACCCAUAUACAGAGAGCAUCUACUCUCAAUGAUUCAAGCAAGCGUACAAAGCCCGACAACUUCGAUUUAGCCUCCGAACUUGCUGUUUCGCAUGACAAACGCUUCUUGUAUGUAUCAAACCGGAACACGGAGUCAGUUGAUAAGGUGGACACUAUCGCUGUAUACUCUUUGGAUGGAUAUUCCAAGAAGCCACUGCAAUUCUUAGGUCUUAACAGCACCUAUGGUAAAAUACCUCGGCACUUUUCACUGUCACCUGAUACUCGCAACGAAUUCCUUGCGGUUGCAAACCAAGUUACGAACGACCUUUUUAUCCUCAAGAGAGACUUCCGGACAGGUUUUCUCGAUGGCAUUGUCGGAAACUACAGUUUCGGAAAGCUUGAUCUGACAACCAGAGUUGGCCCGAUGGCAGUUAUAUGGGAUUGA